AGAAUGUACAUGCAUUUUCGUGACUUAUAAGACUGAUGUUGCAUCAGCUUCCCUCUGAAAACAAAUGGAAGCAUUGGCGAUGAACGCAGUCUGAUCCGGUGUUUGGAACUAUUGAACGUCUCCAGUAACCCAGAAGUGCGCCGCCAUGUUUUCUACACAGGAGUCAAUGAGAGUGUCGCGGCUCUGAGUGUAUCGACGGCUCUGGUGCAGACAAAAGUGACCGUCCAUCUUCUGCGUCCAGCAUAAACUUUGGGGGCCUUUACUGUGGGCUGUCCUCAGAAGUAAUAGAAACAGGAAUCUGUGUGUGUGUGUGCGUUUUGGAUAACUGUCGUGUCUGGUCCUGAUUUGGUCGCUGGGCUUUAUGGGGGUGAUAAAGAGUUCUGACCUGGUUUUGAGGUGGUUUCGGAUUUUAGGAACCAGGAAUGUGUUGUGUUUGAAUCACUCCUUACAAACAAACGGUGUGUGUGUUCAGCUGCUGCAUGCCAACACGCCUCAGCUUUGUUCUAUUUCUGCUACACGACUCAGUCACAGUCUUUAAAAAGCUGGUGAACACACACUCACACACACAUCAGGAAUGCUGCUGGAACUUUCUGGCAGUGCUGGACGGGCGGGUGCUGGUGGGGGUGUCAGGGUAUAAAAGCAGCCAGGGAGAAGGAGCGCCAGACAAAUAGAGACUCCAGACUGAAGCAGAGCAACUGAAACCGAACAGGAUGUUGCGUCCCAGCAUCUUCCAGCCAUCCUCCGUCACCAUGAGGCCUUUCCUGGACCUGCACUGGCCCGUCCGCAGCCUCUGGCCUGAGACCCGGCCGCUCUUCUACCAAAUCGAGCAGGAGAUCAUCCGCCACAUGCAUGAGAUGAGGCAGAAUAUGGAGUACAUGGAGAGGCUGCACCAGAAAAUCUUUGAGGAGAUCGACAGCUCCUCCUCCUCCACAGGUGACUUUAAGCCCAUUGCCUUCCAAGAGCUGGGGACGGAUGGCAGCAGCUUUGCCCUCAGCCUGGACACAAAGGAGUUCUCCCCGAAGGAGUUGUCGGUCAAACAGGUGGGCAGGAAGCUAAGGGUGAGUGGCAGGAUGGAGAAAAAGCAGGAUGAUGGGAAGGGCUCCUACUCCUACAGGUGUCAAGAGUUCAGGCAGGAGUUGGACCUGCCAGACGGCGUUGACCCGGAGACCAUCACCUGCUCACUAGUGGGUGGCCGGCUACAGAUCCAGGCGCCCCAGAAAAGAGCACAGCCAGAUGGAAAGGAGAGGAUCGUCCCCAUCAGCGUGACCUCCACCCCGGCCAUCACCUCCAGCACCUCCUCGUCCUCCAGCCGGGGAGUGGAGGGGGGCACUGCUCCCUCAGAGAGCAGCGUUGCUGAGAAAAAUUGAACGUGGUGAAGCAUCUCAUCUACUAUCUGUUGUUUCACUGCUGGAGGAAGCAGGAAGUUUUUUGUCUUUGGUUGUAAUUCUGUUUCAUUAUUAACGGUAAAAAGAUGACGUUUAAACAGAAAUGUCUCAUUGUUGCCUGAUCUGACUGGACAAAAAUCUGAUGUUUAUUUUCACUUUAAUCCAAAGUUUUUGUGUUUUUUUUUUGUUUUUUUUUUUACACCUGUAAUUAUUAGUUUGUUUAAAGGCCAUAAAUGAAUAAAACUUAAUAGAGAACAGUGUACUGAAUCUGAUGGUUAGUACGGGUCGG